AUGUCAUACUACUCACCGGAAGUAGACAUGGUUCUACUCGCACCAGAAGACAACAUGGGCGCCAUGUCGCCCUUUAGUACAUGUCAAUCACCACCGAACAUCAUGUACUCGUCACCACCCCUCCAUCAGAUGACACACGCCGUACCGACUACUCUCCCAAGCAACGGGCCCAUCUACGCGCACCCGCAGUACAGGCCAAUCAUGAACUCUCCAUACCCGCAACAUAGCCCGUGGCCUUCUCAAGCGAUGCCGAUGCCGCCAGUCUCAUCGUACUCGUACCCAUCAUUUACAAACAUGACCGCUGGUCCCGUUCUCGCACCUGAUACAAACCUCCUCUCUCAAUCUUUCGCAGGCCCGCGAACAUCAAGGUCACACUCGGCCUCAUCCUCUGGCAAUCCCGGACUCACAUCAAGUGCUCACUCAGAAAGAACACCACCGCGAUCUUUGUCUCCGAGCUCACCAGACCUUCGAGCCUAUGGCUUUCCUAACAAGAACGGAACGUGGUCGUGCGCUUAUCCAGGAUGCACAUCAAGAGCAGUAUUUACCCGAGGAUGCGACCUUCGUAAGCACCACAAGAGGCACAGCAAGAACUUCUUCUGUAGGCACGCGGAAUGCCCUCAAGCUACUGGUGGAGGUUUCUCAAGCAAGAAAGACCUGGCACGACACGAGGCCAAGCACAAUCCCGGUGUUCUGUGCGACUGGGCCGGGUGCGACAGGGUUUUCAGUCGAGUCGACAAUAUGAGAGACCACGUUAAGAGGAUACACCACAAGGCUUCUCGAAAGUCAUCGGCAGCAUCGUAG